AUGGACGAGUUUCCGAACGAGCUGCUGCUCCAGAUCUUCAGUCUGCUGCACACGCCGAUAACUUGCUUCUCUGCGCCACGUGUACCCGCUCCUUCGCGAGACCUACUGGCAUUGUGUCGCGUCUGCCGAAGCUUCAGGGAUGUUGCAAGAUCGCUCAUCUACGAAUCCAUUGAGCGGGCAGGCGACAUGAACAACGAGGCCUUUCGUCAGCUACCACGUACUCUUCUGAAGAACGUGGAGCUGUGCCGGUACAUCAAGAAUCUGAAACUGAAGAUGGAGGACGGUUUCGAGGUAGGCGAUUUUUGGGCGGGGCAUAACCUGCGACCCGAGAACGAGCUCGAUGACGAAGAGGUCGAGGAACGUGCGACUUACGAUGCAAAAUGCAUUCGCUAUCAGAGACGGCAUCAGAAGAUGCUGGAUGGCGAUGGAAGUGAUGUUGACAAAGGGGUGAGCGACUUACCAGAAUACACGCCAGAAGGCUACGAGUGGCUCGGCGAACUCAUCCCGUCUAUGAAUAGCAGUCAGGCACAUGCUUCUGAGCACGACCUUCUCGAGCGUGCUAUUCUCGGAGAAGAUGUACUACUCACACCGCAGCUCAAGCUUCUUGCUUGA